AUGGAAAAUAAUAACAAUGAAGAUCAUUUGACGAACAGUUCAGCUUCAGUGAAGGUAUCAGACGUAUUUUUAAAUCAACUUUUUUGUGCAUUGCUUUCGAAAACAUUAGACAACCUUAAUGUGCAUAUUUCAGAUGAAAAAUCAUUACUGACUUUGGUAGUUGCAAUUGCUGCACUGUUUGCGAACUUUAUUGUCGUUACAUUGGUGAAUCACUAUGGAAUUCGUCUAAUUUUCACUAUUCUUGGACUUUUGUCUGCUAUUGCUACAUGGUUUAUACCAACUGCAAUUCGGCUUGGAUUUUAUUAUUUGCUUGGUGCACGAUUUGUACAAGGAAUUGCUUUUGCAGCAAAUUUUCCAGUGAUCGGAGGUUUUUGUGCCAGAUGGGCAUAUUAUAAACAAAGUGGUUUGUUCGUUUCUGUUUUGGUGGCCUAUGUUCAACUUUCACCAGCAAUUACCAUGCCUGUUUCGGGCUUUCUUUGUCAAAAAAGUGGCUGGCCAUUGGUCUUUUAUGUGCACGGCACCUUCACCUUUGUCCUCUUUCUAUUCUACUGGCUUUUCUAUCGAAACAAUCCUCAAAAACAUCCUAUGGUUGGAGAUAAAGAAGUUAAUAAGAUUCGGAAGGGAAAAGUUGAAGCAAGUUCCGAUAGAUGCAGUAAAAAAGACCUGAAAAGGAUUCCAUAUGUUGCAAUCUUGAAAACUCCAGCUGUUUGGGCAAUUUGGUUGGCGGCUGUAGGUAAUUUCACCUGCGUAAAUUUGAUGUUCUUAUUUUCGCCAAUUUAUAUCAACCAAAUUCUUGGAUAUGAAGUGUCAAAAACUGGUUUAAAUGCUGCCUUGGCACCGAUUGCUCAGUUUGCAGUAAAAAUGACAAGCGGAAUGGUAUCAGACAAGAUUAAAUGCCUCUCUGAAACCAGUAAACUUCGUUUGUUCAAUUCGAUCGCAUUUUUCGGUGCAGCAAUAUUUCUGUUUAUACUAUCGGUGCUAGAUGUUUCAAAUAUGGGAUUAUGUUUAAUUGUAAUGGGAAUUGGCACUGGUCUUCUUGGCGCAACAACUGGUGGAUUUUUUAAAGCAGCUCCAUUAAUUUCAAAGCAGCAUAGUCACUUUGUAACUGGAAACAUAUCGUUGGGCCUUACAGUAACCAUGUUAUUUGUGCCAAUAAUGAUGAACGUUUUGGCACCAAACAACACUGCCUCAGAAUGGGCAACCGUUUUUGUGGUUAUUGCCAUCUGUUUGGUACUGACAAACAUCAUAUUUUGUUCGUUUGUCAGUGGAGAACCCUGUGAAUGGACAACCGAAGAAUACACCAAAUUACUAAAGCCAACCAACCUAAUUACGUAA